CGUUCAGCACCGAGCGAGGCGAGCGAACGGCAGUCAGCAGACGUAAAGAGAACGAGAGAGAGAGUGGUAGAGAGAGCUGCAAAACAACACCAUGACAGCACCGAACACGUACGACGUUAUAGUGAUCGGAGGAGGAAUAUCAGGGCUGACUGCAGCUAAGCUGUUGAAGGAGAAAGGGCUGUGUCCUGUGGUUCUGGAAGCUAGAGAUCGGGUUGGUGGACGGACCUUCACCAUACAGAAUGAGCAGACUAAGUAUGUUGACCUGGGUGGGGCCUACAUCGGGCCUACACAGAAUCGGAUCCUCCGAUUGGCUAAAGAGUACGGAGUCGAGACCUACAAAGUCAACGAGGAGGAGAGGCUGGUGCAUUAUGUAAAGGGAAAGUCAUACCCAUUCAGAGGCUCCUUCCCCCCCAUGUGGAACCCGUUUGCCCUUAUGGACUACAACAACCUGUGGAGGAAGAUGGAUGAGAUGGGCAGCGAGAUCCCCAGAGAGGCUCCAUGGAGGGCUCCCCAUGCUGAGGAGUGGGACAAGAUGACCAUGAAGCAGCUCUUUGACAAUAUCUGCUGGACCAGUUCUGCGAGGCGGUUUGCCACGCUGUUUGUGAACGUGAACGUGACCUCUGAACCCCACGAGGUGUCAGCCCUAUGGUUCCUCUGGUACGUCAAGCAGUGUGGAGGGACCAUGAGGAUUUUCUCCACCACCAACGGAGGACAGGAGAGGAAGUUUGUGGGCGGUUCCAGCCAGAUCAGUGAGUGUAUGGCCAAGGAGCUGGGUGAGCGAGUCAAGAUGGAGUCUCCCAUCUACAGGAUCGACCAGACAGGGGACAUGGUCGAGGUCGAGACUCUCAACAAGGAAACAUACAAGGCCAAGUAUGUGAUUGUGGCGACCCCCCCUGGUCUGAACCUGAAGAUGCACUUUAACCCCGAGCUGCCCCCCCUCAGAAACCAGCUGAUCCACAGGGUCCCCAUGGGCUCUGUCAUCAAGUGUAUGGUCUACUACAGAGAUAACUUCUGGAGGAAGAAAGGGUACUGUGGCACUAUGGUGAUCGAGGAGGAAGAGGCCCCCAUCAGCCUUACUCUGGACGACACAAAGCCUGAUGGGACUGUGCCCGCCAUUAUGGGCUUCAUCCUGGCCCGCAAGUGUAGGAAGCUAUGUGGACUGACCAGAGAGGAGAGGAAGAAGAGGAUCUGUGAGAUCUACUCCAGAGUGCUGGGCUCAGAGGAAGCUCUGCAUCCUGUGCACUAUGAGGAGAAGAACUGGUGUGAGGAGGAGUAUUCUGGAGGCUGCUACACUGCUUACUUCCCCCCUGGUAUACUCACCCAGUACGGCAAGGUUCUCAGGGAGCCAGUAGGCAGACUGUACUUUGCAGGCACAGAGACAGCUACUGAAUGGAGUGGCUACAUGGAGGGGGCUGUACAGGCAGGGGAGAGGGCCGCAAGAGAGGUCAUGUGUGUGAUGGGCAGGAUUCCUCAGAGUCAGAUCUGGCAAACAGAGCCUGAGUCAGUGGAAGUCCCAGCACUCCCAUUCGUUACCACCUUCUGGGAGCGGAACCUUCCGUCGGUGGGUGGGUUCAUCAACUUCCUGGGCAUAGCCUCUGUCCUGUCUGUUGCCACGGCAGCAGGACUUUUGGCCUAUAAGAAGGGGCUUCUCACCCGGAGCUAAACCUAAACCCCUCCCAACUCCCUCAUCCUUCUCUCCUGCAUCUCUACAGAGCAAUUCUCCAAUGGCACCCUAUUCCCUUUACAGUGCACUUCUUUUGACCAGAGCUAGAGUAGUGCACUACUUUUGACCACAUAUGGCUCUGGUCUAAAGUAAUGCACUAUAUAGGGAACAGGGUGUGUGUCAUAGGCCUUGGUAAAGACUGUUCAACUCUGUCAUUCGCUACUGUACCAUCGCCCCCAUCCAUUGUUCUAAAACGAGUGUAAACAGUCUCCCAACAGACCAUCUCUCAAGACCAACUCACGCUAAUGUUGUCUGUUCUGCUAAGAUUUGUGUCUUUGACACCUUAGAAUUGUGGCCCUGUGUAGCUCAGUUGGUAGAGCAUGGCGCUUGCAACGCCAGGGUUGUGGGUUCGUUUCCCACGGGGGGCCAGUAUGAAAAAAAAUUAUUGAUGGAAGAUAUGAGUGGAUAGAGUGAGAGGAAGAGAGAGGGGGAGAGAGCGAGCGAGAGAGAGAUAGAGCAAAAUAAACCAAAAUAAGUCUGAGAUUCAGACUCUCAAACCAAUGAAGGAUGACAACUAAAUCAGAGUUAUUGAAAAAGAAAACAGUAGCUUUCCCAAUGACCGUUAUCUUUCCAGAAAUUGCCAAUAAAUUCAUAAAUCUGCGUUGACUGUUUGAGAAUAGUCAAAACUAAUUUCUCUGUGUGUGUGUGUUAAUUACCGCUGCUGAUUUUAGGUGCUGACUGAUCUGAUCUCUGAUGGCAUAGAAGCUGUAACCAGCUCUAAGAUGACAUUUAGUAACGUUAUAAUAACAGUUUAGUAACCUCAUAAUAGUGUCAGAAUACCUGUGUUAUUAAUGUAACCAGAAUCCUGCAUCUAGAGAUGUUGUGUCUCCACCAAGCUGCUCUUAAUAGUCAUGGUAUGCCUUGUAUAGAGAAUGGAAGUAUUUGAAUGUAUUUCCUCCACAUUACAUGAUUUCUGUCA